CACUCCUGCGCCACACAGUGCGAAUUCAGAAUCGAUCCAGCUCCGAGGAUAGAGGGAAGGUUACCUGCUUCAACAGUGCUUGAACGGCAACCGAUCUUUUGUCUUUCUCCAUCAUUCAACGUCUUUGAUAGUAAACAAAACCAAACGCUUUUCGUUGACCAUCUGUGCGAAUAACAUCCGAAGGGCAGAAAAUAUUGUGAAGAAACAUGAGCUCUCAGGUGAGACAGAACUUCGAGGAGGCCUGCGAAGCGGCCAUCAACCGUCAGAUCAACAUGGAGCUGUACGCCUCCUACGUCUAUCUUUCCAUGGCGUACUUCUUCGAUAGGGAUGAUCAGGCUCUUCACAACUUUGCAAAGUUUUUCCGCCAUCAGUCCCAGGAAGAGCGCGAACAUGCUGAGAAACUGAUGAAGUUUCAGAACCAGAGGGGAGGGAGGAUCUUUCUGCAGGACGUGAAGAAACCAGAGAGGGAUGAGUGGGGUAGUGGUGUGGAAGCCCUCGAAUGUGCCCUGCAGUUGGAGAAAAGUGUCAAUCACUCUCUCUUGGAGUUGCACAAGCUCUCUACUCAACACAACGACCCUCAUAUGUGCGAUUUCAUUGAAACACACUAUUUGGAUGAGCAGGUGAAGUCCAUCAAAGAACUGGGCGAUUGGGUGACCAACUUGCGCCGCAUGGGUGCUCCCCAGAAUGGCAUGGCCGAGUAUUUGUUUGACAAGCACACAAUUGGCAAGGAGAGCAGCUAAACCAUCCUACCAUCAUUUGCUUUAAUGAUUAGAUUUCUUGUAUAAAUGUUUCUUGCUUUACAUGCCAUCAAAUUCUAUUUCCUGUUUUUUGAUUGACUGUUAUACCUGUUAUAUAUAUUAUAUCCAGUUUGUAAGCAGGACAACCUUAGUCUAAUUUGCUCUGUCAUGCUUUGCUGUUUAGAAUUGCACUUAUCAUAAGCCAUGGCACUCUAUUACUAGCUCGUUCAAGAUUUGACUUCCCUGCAUGUGCUGUGUGAUUUAUCAAUGACCUUAUUCUAGAAACCAAUAAAAUGGAAGCCUCUGGGAUCUGAGUAUGACUGUUCGUUCAUUUUAGUGCGUUUACAUGCAUUAGGAUUAUGAUUAAAACUAAUGAAUAAACAAACCCUUACAUGCAAACAAA